AUGACGAUCAGCGUUAGGGUACCAACGCGGAGCACUGCCCUGAACCACACCCUGCCUUGGACCAGUCAAGAGGAGUCAAUCUCAUCGCUGCGUCACACAAGCGACAGCAUGGCAGAGCCACGGGCAGCAGCAGCAGCAUCAGCAGCAGCAGGGGUGGCAGUGCAGCCAGUUAGUGGCGAGUGGGUUGGAGGCGGGCAGGAGAGGCGUGGGAGGCAGAGCACAGCAGCGGAGGAGGAGGUGUAG